AUGAGCAGAAAGGUUCUUGUGAAUGAGAAAACGAUUGGCGGGCUUCUGAGUACGCUGAAUGAGAAUAAGCCAUCUGCUAUUAAAACUGUUACGCGACGAUUGAAUCAAAAUACUCUCAAUUCACGCCCUAUACCGGCAGAAAUUGGCGCAAAGAUUGAUGAGCUGUACGACAAGUAUAAGGUGGUUGGAUGUGAUGAGACUGCUAUUGCUAUUCGAAGAAUAAUGACAAACAUCAAGGGCAUCCUUGAUGCUGUCGAUUCGGAGAGAAAAGAUCAGAUCUUAAUGAGCUUAUGGCUGGUUAUACUGCUUAGCAGAAAAUCAGACAGCAACUCAGAGCAAGCAGCAGCAGAGCUUAACAACAGCGCCGCAAAUCCGCUCAAAAUGCCGUCGGAGCUGACUUGGUACACCAUUCUAUCACAAGAUCCAUUGCUUGGGGAUCACUGGCGGGAGGACAGCUACGCCCAGAGUGACAAUCUGUCUGAAUGGAGUGAUAGUGAGAGUGAGAAGGGAGAGGAGUAUAUGUAG